CCACUCUGCCGUCGCCCCACCCCCUCCGGCCCAUACCGGAAAUGAGGUCAGAGAGGGAAACCCUAGCGGAGAGACUCGGCCCCCAUAGAGGCGGCCGCUGGACGUGCCUGCGGCAGCUGUUUCUUUUGGCAGAUGUGGCCUCAUGGAUGAGCUGGUACAUGACUUAGCCUCAGCCUUGGAGCAGACAUCUGAACAGAAUAAGCUUGGUGAGCUGUGGGAAGAGAUGGCCUUGAGCCCUCGGCAGCAGAGGCGGCAGCUUCGCAAACGGAGAGGCAGGAAGCGCCGCUCAGACUUCACCCACCUGGCAGAGCACACCUGCUGCUACAGUGAGGCCUCUGAGUCCAGUCUGGAUGAGGCCGUUAAGGACUGUCGAGAAAUGGCCCCGGUCACCAAUUUUAGUGACUCUGAUGACACCAUGGUAGCCAAACGGCAUCCAGCUCUCAACACCAUUGUUAAAAGUAAGCAACACUCUUGGCAUGAAUCUGACUCCUUUACUGAAAAUGCACCUUGUCGGCCACUCAGGCGCAGGCGGAAGGUGAAGCGAGUGACUUCAGAGGUGGCUGCCAGCCUUCAGCAGAAGCUCAAGGUGUCAGAUUGGAGCUAUGAGAGAGGGUGUAGGUUCAAGUCUGCGAAGAAGCAGCGUCUGUCACGCUGGAAGGAGAAUACUCCCUGGACUUCAUCAGGCCACGGAUUGUGUGAAUCAGCAGAAACUAGGACUUUUCUCAACAAAACAGGAAGGAAAGAAAGGAUGGAGUGUGAAGCAGAUGAACAAAAACAGGGCUCUGAUGAGAACAUGUCAGAAUGUGAAACCAGCAGUGUAUGUAGCAGCAGUGACACAGGGCUCUUUACCAACGAUGAAGGACGGCAAGGGGAUGAUGAGCAGAGUGAUUGGUUCUAUGAAGGAGAGUGUGUUCCAGGAUUCACUGUCCCUAAUCUUCUGCCCAAGUGGACUCCUGAUCAUUGCUCUGAAGUAGAAAGAAUGGAUUCUGGAUUGGAUAAACUCUCAGACUCCACAUUCCUUUUACCUUCUCGGCCAGCUCAAAGAGGGUACCAUUCUCGCUUGAAUCGUCUGCCUGGAGCUGCUCGAUGUCUCAGAAAGGGGCGAAGGAGGCUUGUUGGGAAGGAGACCAGCAUAAGUACUUUGGGUACUGAGCGGAUAGGCCACAUCAUUAGUGACUCCCGGCAGAAAGAAAAGAAUAAAGUGUUGGCUUCUGAUUUUCCUUCUCUUUCUGCUUGUGCACAUGAGUUUAAUCCCCUCUCUCCGCUUUACUCCCUGGAUGUUCUCGCUGACGCUUCUCACCGACGGUGUUCACCUGCACACUGCUCUGCCAGACAGGCAAGCCUACACUUGGGACCCCCAUGCUCACGUGACAUCAAGAGGAAACGGAAGCCUGUGGCCACAGCAUCUCUGUCUAACCCAAAUGCAGCAAUCUCACCAGUUCCUGCGGAUGUGGUGGAGCCAAUCGCACCAGCGCCACAGGCCCCGAAAUCUCCCAAUACGGAGUGGCUGGUCAGGACCUCUGCCCCAGAGAAAGCCGCCGAUUCAGCUGCAGCCACAUUUUUUAAGAUGCCACAAGAAAAGAGUCCUGGAUGCAGCUAGAUAGCAGUAGAUCGUCCACCAGGAGCCGGCGGGUGUUGUGAAACAAUAUUAGAUUUUGUGUUAUAUAGUCUUGUAUAUCUCAAUUGAUAUUCCCAGUCUGUUUAUCAGUAGGACUGGCUCCUUCCUCUUCAAACAAAGCAGUGGACUCUUUCUCUUAGAAAAUCAUAUUGUGGAAAUCUGUGUCUUUUUAAAAAAGUAAAGUAUUGGGGCAGCAAUUUUUUUAAAAAGUCA